UUUUUAAAUGACAAACGCGUUCGUAUUAAUGUGUGACUUAACGUGGAAUCUAGAGAAGCUCUUCUGGUGGCUUUGGAAAGCCGAUUUCAUUCGUCACAGAUGCUUAAAGAUGUACAUUAAUUAUCCUUUCUCUGUCUGUGGAAUACAGACCGGUCAUUUGAAGUUUGACAGCAAAUGUCAGAAGCGAGCUGAAUGUGGGGGUAGGAAGUUUAGUUAGGCUGUUUGAUCAGUAUUUUGACUGUUUUUCCACUAUUUACUUUUCAGCACCAAAAGCAAACGUUUUCUGCUCGUAAAUAAGGUAAACAUCGAAUUGAAAGAAAUAUUUAAAAUGGAAAGUACGCCUGUGGCAACAAAACCUCCAAAUGAAUCGACAUAUAUUCUAGAAGGGCAGCAAUCGGUGGAAGAUUCUACAGUGCACAAUGACACAGAGCAACUUUUGGAGGAUGACAGUCGAGGACAAAAGAAGUCUAGCCUUGCUUAUGCCAGUUUUAACUACAUUAAUUCAAUCAUUGGAAGUGGUGUCAUUGGUAUACCAUAUGCCUUUAGUGAAUCAGGAUUUGGAAUUGGACUUGUUCUUCUUACUGUAGUUGCUUUGAUGACUGACUAUUCUUUGGUCUUAAUGGUACGAAGUGGACAUUUAAGUGGAAGUUUUACUUACCAAGGAAUAAUGCAGGCUGCAUUUGGAAAACCUGGUUAUUUUGUUUUGUCAGCCCUGCAGUUUCUGUACCCUUUCAUUGCCAUGAUAAGUUAUAAUGUGGUUGUUGGAGAUACGCUAACCAAAGUAGUGAUUAAUGUGUAUCACCAAGAGUCUGUAUUUGCGAGUCGUCCAUUUGUCAUUGGAAUGGCAAACAUCUUCGUAACAGCACCACUUUGUUUGUACCGGGAAUUAGAGAAAUUGAGCAAAAUUUCAUUUGCAUCUCUUGUGUGUGUUGGAUUUAUCCUGAUUGCUGUUACUGCAAGGAUAGAGCCUUUGUUGGAGGUAGUUCCACCAGGUGAAUGGACAGUUGUGAAUAAGGACAUGCUACCAGCUAUUGCAAUAAUGGCAUUUGCAUUCAUGUGCCACCACAACACUUUCUUGGUGUAUAGUUCAAUUAAGGAUGGUAACCAGCAGCUUUGGAACAAAGUAACUCACAUAUCUGUUACAACAUCCUACAUAGUCACACUGUUGUUUGGAAUUGCUGGAUAUGCAACAUUUAAACAGUUUUCACAAGGUGAUUUGCUUGAAAAUUACUGCUGGGAUGAUGCAUUAAUAAAUGUUGCAAGAGUUAUGUUCUGUUUCACCAUCCUUCUUACAUACCCAAUAGAAUUUCUCGUAACAAGAGAUGUCAUUCAAAACAUAAUGUCAGCAUACAGUUUGUGCCUAGAUUAUCCAAAAGCAGUACACUAUGGCUUAACAAUCGCCCUUAUUUUUUCUACAUAUCUACUGUCUUUGACAACUGAUUGUUUGGGCAUUGUCUUGGAACUUAAUGGUAUUUUGGCUGCUGUACCAAUGGCAUAUGUGUUGCCAGCAAUAAUAUACCUGAAGCUAGAAGAAGGUGGAUGUCUUGCUUAUGAAAAAGCUCCUGCUAUAGCUUUAGCACUUGCGGGAACAUUAUGUGCUGUUGCAGGAUUUGCAUCUCUGAUAACAAACUUCCAUUCGGCAGCAUCUUGUAGCCAUGGCCACAUCAUGCAGUACUGCAACAUCACUAACUAGGAUCUACGCCUGGCAUGACUGUCAUACAUGCUUGGGUGUGGGUAGUUUUUUAAAAGAAUCACAGAAUUUUUUGUAAUUGUUGCACUGUAACUCAUUUUGCAGUUUAGUCACUGCACGUAAUGAAUCUCUCUUCCUUAGUAUAUUUUGCAGUAUUUGUUAAUUGGCCACUGGGAAUGAAAAUGAUUGUUUUCUGUGGAAUGAUAUUUUUACUGUUGUGUAUAUCUGUACCUGCACUGCAUUUGCUGAAAGUUCCUUUAUUGUACUUGUGAUGUCUGUUAUUUAUCUAGAGAAGAAAUGUGAACUUUUGCCUCACUAUUUUCCUUACCAAAAAUAAUGAAGGUAAAAGAUGAAAAUUUAAGCUUUAUGUUGCACAAUUUAUCAUUUUGCUCAGGAAAUAGUCUGUGUUCAUUGUUCUGCAGUUACUACUUCUGUUUGUAACUACAGAGAAUGCUUGGGCUGUGAGAAAAAAUAUUGUUAAGGACUAUUUGCUGUGUUAUAUAAAGAUGUUUUCUAUGCAUUACUUUGCAAGAGCAACUUACUUUUUAUAUUAUAUUUAUUGUUUUGAUGCCAGUGGUAUAAGUAUCUCACAGAUACUAGUGUGAUUUUAAUUCAAAGGAUAAAUUUCAUAAGAUUCUAAUCUCACCAUUUGCUGAGAGAAACUCGGAACAAAUGGUUUUGACAAGUUACUAUAUGUAUUUGAAAAUUUAAGAGUUACUGUUUCAAAAUACUAAAGUUUAAGAAAAGUUGCUGUCUGUCUCCAGCUUUUCAAAAGAGUAUUACAGUUAAAAUACAUAAAGUAUUGAAGCUUGCAGUCUUCGUAAUUGCAAUAUAUUAAAUUGAUGGGCUUUCAUAAGUGGACCAACUUGUAAAAAUGUUACAAAUAUUAUACAAUAAAUAAAUAUAUUUCUGUCUUGCA